AUGGCAACAUCAAAUUCAUUGUCAAUACUUGACAUCCAAAUGGAUCAUUUUGGUUCUUCGCCCGAUCGCAUAGCAACUAAGGGACUCAAUAGUUGUGUUGCUAUUGUUGUAUUUUUAAAUCCUGGUGGGCGUAUAUUUGUCGAACAUAGAAGCGAUGUCUAUUUUCCAAACGAUUUAAAUUUGCAAAAUCUUGACCGAUGCUUCGAAAAUAUUUGUAAACAUAUUGAAAUAAUUUCACCUGAAUCAAAUAUUCAGGGCAUUUUAAUGUUGGGUGGUCUACAUGAUGAACAACGGUCCCUAAAGCUUCAAGACUGCAUAAAUCAACUGGUUGCAAUUCGUAUUGGUAUAAAUGACAACACGAAAUCACGAUAUUACAGGCAAUUAUUUAGCAAUAUAAUGUGUAACGAUGUUUGUUUCAGCUUCUCAAUACCAGAAGAUAAAAAAGAAACUUAUUGGUGA